AUUAGGUGAACUGUGAAUAUUAGGAGCAAGCAAGGAGGAUGUUGUAAAAAUUGGGAUCUCUUCUCAAUUAGUUGUAAGUAAUAUAAUGAAGCAACUAGUUUGAAGCUUGUGACGUCUUUAAAUGUGAAAGAUAUGAAGACUUCUUUGGGGGUUAAAAAGCAAAAAAGUUCAACAAAGCUGAAGUCCUUCGAUGGAUCUGAAGAACUGAGCAUAUCCGAGAAACAAGAAGAUGAUAAAGGAACUCUUUCAACCCACGAGAAAGAGCUUCAAAAGAUCCAGUCUAAAAUUGAGCAGAUGGAGAAAGAGAACUUGGAAACUAACGCCUGGACUAUGCAGGGAGAGGUAACUGCCAGUAAAAGGCCGAAGAACAGUGCACUCGAGGUUGAUCUGGAUUUUGAGCACAAUGUAAGACCACCUCCUAUGAUCACAAAAGAGGUUACAGCAUCCCUUGAAGAAUUAAUUACAAAAAGGAUUAUUGAGGUAUCUUCAUCUCUUACUUGCUAUUAUAUGAAAUACUUCACUCCCAAUAGAUAUUCUUCCUUUCUUGAUCAAUGAUGCAUUCAAAAGCUGCUAUAUUUGCAUUGAACCAAUGGCCAUCAACAA